AUGCAUGGCUUGGCAUCUUCUUUCCAAGAAGAUGCCCCCAGGCCAGCUCCUCCAGCUGCUCCAGAGACCUGGAAACAGAGGGCCCAGGACGAGGAGCAGGAAGAAGAGGACAAAUAUGAACUGCCGCCCUGUGAGGCUCUGCCCCUCAGUCUGGCCCCUGCCCACCUUGCUGGUACUGAGGAGGACUCCUUGUACCUGGAGCAGAGUAGACCAGCCAGAGUGCCACCUGAGGAGAACAUCUACUUGGAGUGUGAGCCCGGCCCCGGACACCCUUCUGCCUUUGGUCCUGCUGACCUGAACUGGGACCAGGGAGAUGAUGCCUAUGGCAUGGGCUGGCCUGGCCUCUCUGUUUUACUCUCGGCCUUGACUCAGGAUCUGAGCUCCCUGGUCCUGGUGUCCCCAGUCCUGCCAAGGACACCAGUGACACCCAGACCUACUGCAUCCCAGGGAGCAGCAGGGAUCCCCUCUAAAGCAGAAAGGAGACCAUCUCUUCCUCCUGAGGCUCCCAGCCAGAGCAGCUCAGCUGCGGAGUACGCCAGCUUCCUGGGGCAGCCCUGGUAUUCCAGCAUCUCUGAUCGUCAGGCGGUGGAGAGUGCCCUGUUCCGCUUGCAAAAGGACGGGACCUACACGGUGCGCCCCAGCUCAGGGCCCCAUAGCUCGCAACCCCUCACCCUAGCCGUGUUCCUCCAAGGCCGAGUCUACAACGUCCCCAUCCGCCGGCUGGAUGGUGGAGGCCACUUUGUCCUGGGCCGGGAGAGCAGGCUCCACAAAGAGGACCUGCCUCCCACACCGCUCUUCUCCUCUGUGGUGGCCAUGGUCCAGCACUACACCCAGCACCCCCUGCCCCUUGUGGACAGCCACGGGGGCAGCCGGGGAGUCACCAGACUGCUAUUUCCCACCAAGCCCUGGGGGCCAGGUAUACAUCCCUCUUCGGCCCUGCGUGUCCCUCUCACCUGUCUCUGGCACACCAAUCUCUCCCCCAGCCCCCUACCAGCCUCCCACGAGAAGCUCUGGCAAUGCUACUGGAGUGGAAGAAGGGUGCUGAAGGCCCCACCCAGGCUCACCCAGAUCUUGACACUGCCCCCUUCUAGCUAUGUCUCCAAGGUUACUCCCCAGUCGCAGCCUCAAGAUCGGGCCUUUAGCCCUCAGACGGCCAGUGCCAAAAAGGACAAAGGCUAG